AUGCAUGUUAAUCAAAACAUUGAGCAUCAUUUACCAUCUCAUCACUUACCAUCCCCCAUUGGUGUGAAUGCGGCUUUGAAUGGUGUGAACGUACAAGCAGCUCCUCAGGGAUAUAAUACACCCCUGGUUGGCAUACAUAAUGCGAAUGUGCAAUCUUUAAGCCAGCUACAACAUCCCAUUACUUUAGGCAUACAAGGAGUACAACCCCUUGAUCAGGGUAUCCACUCCCCCAUGGCAGCCACGCAGGGCGCUCAUGCACACUCAUUAAACCAUGCACAAUCAAUAAGCCAGGCAUGCCAUAACCCUAUUGUAGACCAGCAGGGUGUGAAUGCUCAGACAUCUGCGAAUGGACAGUCAGUGAGUCAGGGAUUUCAUACACCACUUCAUAUAGCUCAUCCACCCCUUGCUACUGAUAAUCCAGACACAUCCAUUGGGCAAAGUGCUCGCCAAAUUCUUUCUCUUUUGCAGGGGGCAAUUGGAUCACAAAGUGCAGCAAAAACACGGACCAACACUGCCACAGUCAUGAGUGGGGCGGAUGCAGGAGUACCAGGCAGCAUUACAGCAGGAGCAGCAGCCACCACUUCCACUGCACAGCAAGGGUCUUCAGGACUCGCCCUCCAAAACCAGCCAGCAGGCCAGCCCGUUUCCAGCAUGGGUCAGGGACCUCCUGCCAUUAGUCACGCUCGUCCUUCCUGGAUAGCCUUACUGCCGUUGGUCCGCUCCUCCUUAGCACCAUCCACUUGGCACGCCUAUGCCCGCAUGUGGUCUGAAUGGGACAAUUUCUGUGCGUCCAGGGGAGCCGACGCUGCUCAGGGGUCUAGGGACAACUUACAUGAUUGGCUGGCACUACCCCCGGGGUGAAGCGAAUCUGGAUUGUGGGCCACUCCUUUGUCCACUGGGCCUCCCUACGCUGUGCGUCCCUCCCAUUUGGCCAAUCCCUAGGUCUCCCUUCCAACAAGGCAUCCGUUAGGUGGUUGGGUGAUAGGGGGAUGUGCUGGCCCCAAUUAGCAGGAACCAUAUCUGAGGCCCUGGUACGCUGGGGGAAGCCUCACAUUAUUAUUCUUCACCUAGGGGGUAACGAUGUGGGGGCCAUACCAGUUUUACAGUUGAUUAAGGUUAUGCAGGCAGACAUUGGGUGGCUAAGAGUACGCAUCCCGGGGGUCAUGAUAGGGUGGUCCCAUAUAAUACCCCGUCUCCACUGGAGGCAUAUGUCGGCCCAUACGGCGGCAUACCGGGUUAGGAAGAAGAUCAAUGCGUCUGUAGCGAAAACCGUCACUGGGUCAGGUGGCUUCGUGGUACGGCACGAAGCCAUUUCGGCUGAUAGAACCGAGCUAUAUAGAAGGGAUAAAGUUCACCUUUCUGAUGUGGGGCUGGAUUUAUUCAUAGGGGACAUUCAGAGAGCUCUGUUACCCCUCCUGUAAAUCGGGUUGUGCGUUGGCGGCAAGGGUACCAUUAAAAUGCUUCCUUGUGGCGGGAGAUCCUCGGUCCGGUUGCGCAGGAGAAGGUCGCUAGGGGUGAGUGAUGGCCAGACUUCCGGGGAGGAGGGUAGGCCCUCACGUGCACGUGACGGUAACCCUCCUUCCUCCCUUUUGAGGGAUGGUCACGUGAUCUCUGCAACCCCUCAGCGUCAUCUCCUUAGGGCAGAGACUCCUCUGCUGCUGUUCCCGUUGGGCCGGUGAUCUCCUGCUGUUCUGGGUAGCUGAUCUCUAUGCCGCCAUAUAUAUUUUCAGUUCUAUCAGUUCUAUCUAGUUUGUUAGGUUAAUAAAAUUUUAUGGCCUGUGACGGUCACAAAAUUUUUCCCAUAAAAAGUUUGUCUGUGGUUAUUUCGCACUACAUUCUCAUGUACAUAGUUAUUUAAUUAAGUUAUGUUAAAUCCUCUCCUCUGUGAAGAAGGAUCCGGUAAGCAUUUAAUCCCUUAAUGCAGUGUAGGGCUUAGUAUAAGCCUGGAGCAGUCUAAGGGUUAAGGCUGUAGGAGAGUGGGUUAGAAGAGAGAGGGAAGGUGCUGGGUGCAACAUUGUUGCAAUUUAGGGUAGGCCCCUCCUUACCAGUAGAUAAGCCAAGUUCUCCCUUGCAACUUCCUCUUCUUCUCCGGAUCCUGGCUGAAGCAGUUUUUUCCCUCCCUCCCUUCCCCUUUUGUAAUGUUUUAAUGAUGUUGUAUUUUCGACGGCACCUUAAUGGCAGGGCUAUGGCUACUCACCCUAGGCCCAAUAAGCCAUUACUGUAGGAUAUGGAUCUCCUCUCCCUGUUAUGCGGUUUACACGGCUUGGUAACAGGGAAUCCUUAUCUAGGUGGAAGAUCUUCUUUCACCCUGGCGGCGGGAGAUCCUCGGUCCGGUUGCGCAGGAGAAGGUCGCUAGGGGUGAGUGAUGGCCAGACUUCCGGGGAGGAGGGUAGGCCCUCACGUGCACGUGACGGUAACCCUCCUUCCUCCCUUUUGAGGGAUGGUCACGUGAUCUCUGCAACCCCUCAGCGUCAUCUCCUUAGGGCAGAGACUCCUCUGCUGCUGUUCCCGUUGGGCCGGUGAUCUCCUGCUGUUCUGGGUAGCUGAUCUCUAUGCCGCCAUAUAUAUUUUCAGUUCUAUCAGUUCUAUCUAGUUUGUUAGGUUAAUAAAAUUUUAUGGCCUGUGACGGUCACAAAAUUUUUCCCAUAAAAA